GUUUAACAUGUGAUGACUAUAGACUCCAACAAUCCCAACUACACGUCAUAUGAAUGCACAGACAUGAGAAGCAACUCCGAGUAUUAAGAUACCAAAGCAACUCUGAGAAUACAAAAAUGGAAACAUCAGGUUUCACAUCCAAAGGUCUACCUCAAAACCCCGCUCAACCUGCUGGGUCAAGGUACAGCACCAACCCUCAGCCAGUAGCCAGCCAGAGCAGAGGCUUCAAUGGGUUCAUCCCCAUACAAAACUGUUACAUGCAAGCAAGUUCAGUGAUGAACGCUACCAGAAUGCAAUUUGUACCAAUGACUCAUCAGAAUGUACAAGCACAUCCCCAGAACACGGAGACACUUGCUCCGGUCUUUGACCAGACGAACUUUGUACCAGAGGUUAUGCUACCGAAUGGCAUGAACAUGCGUCCUGUUGGAUUACUGAAUGGAGAGCUGUUGUACAAAGUUACAGCUCCUAAUUAUUCUGCUCCCCUUCCGCCUACCAUCCCUAGGAUUAAGAAGAUAAACAAAAAAGUGGAUCAAACGUAUGUCAAGAAGCCGCCAAAUGCGUUCAUGUUGUUCAUGAAGGAACAUCGACAAGCCGUUAGGCACCAUUCCCACUUAAGAAAUAGUGCCGAUAUAAACAAGAUCCUGGGAAGGAUGUGGCAUUUGCUGCCUCAAGAGGAGAAGGCCAAGUACUACGAGUUGGCUGACAAAGUGAAGCGACUGCACUCCCAGCAGCAUCCAGACUGGUCCUGGAGGCACAACUACGGCAAAAAGGAGGACUGUGAUGAAAUUAUGGAGCCAGAUGCCAACAGUGUGCAAGCAGCGCUGGUGCCAGAGGUGGAGGAGGGAAGCGGACAGGCCGAGACUGAGUUUGAAGAUGACCCUGACUCCUUGUCUUUGAGUUCAAGAACAGAACAACUCUCUAUCGAAGAACACAUUUCCCAAAUAUACCUGAAACAGCAACCUGCCCUGAACCAGAGGAGUACCCACCCUUUGUCUAGAUCGCCCCACCAUUCGUCAUCCCGGCUCCGUCCGGACUGUUGA